CUUAAUGACGCCUCUUCUCUGUGGAACUCCACGACUCCUUCCCACGGUCAACUCGGGACCUCCCAGCGACCACUGCAGCCUGCCGACGAGGCCGGGACUUGGCCGAAUGGAUCCUAAUAAGGGGAAAAUGGGUCUUUCCAGCAGCUCCGGAGAAGACAAGUCACCAUGACCGCAACUGUCUUCUUGGAGCCGACUCGCCAGCCUGCCCGCCCUUCCGAGGGCAGACAGCGCCGCCGCCGCCGCGCCCAGCCCGCGGGGCCAGGCCGCCCAGCUCACCCCUCGGGCCGCGGCGUGUGCUCAGCCUCACGUCGGGGGUGUGUGUGGCUGAGCGGGCGUGUGUGAGUGUGGUAAAGGAGGGGGCCCUCCAAGCUGCUCCAUCCGUCCGUUUUAUUAGGGACACAUUAAUCUAUAAUCAAAUACACCUCAUAAAAUUUUUAUUGAAAGGCAUAAUAUCAUUACAGAGGUCUUCCACCUGUUUUAAACAACACGACAAGCUGUGAGAGUGUGUGUGUGUGGGGAUGUGUAGGGAGGGGUUGGGUUUGGGUCGGGAGAGCGGCACAGGGAGAAAAACUCCCCUCGAGCGCCAGGGGGCCGGAUCUGAAGGCAGGCCUGCCUCGGGCCUCACCGGCCCAGCCUGCCCCCGACUGUUCCCGGCUCUGGCCAAGCGCUUGGUGGGCCUACGAGGCAGGCUGUAGCUUGGAUUCCAGGCUCUGGGGACGCAGCGCCAGUGCCCAGGCUGCAAAACCCAGAACAGCAAGAGGUGGCGAACAAAUAGUCCCCAGCGCCUCCACUGGCCGCUGUCGGACGAGUGGUCCCAGCCGCCGCCGGGCUGGCCGAGCCAGGCCGAGUCGAGCUCAGCGCACGGGCCGGGCCCCGCGGGCUCUAAUUGUGGCGCUUAUGUUGAUGAUUUUUUUUUUUCUUAAAUCACAGCAGCCCCCAGUUUAGCGGACUGAUUUACUCCCGGUAUUGGUAAAUAUGAUCACGUGGGCCGCGCGACCAAUGGUGGAGGCUGCAGCCUGCGAACUAGUCGGCGGCUUCGGCGCCGGCGGGGAGCUGCUCCGCGGCGGGCAGUGUAACCUUGGGUGGGAGCGCACGGCGCCUCAAAAUGUCCUCCAGUGGCACCCUCAGCAACUACUACGUGGACUCGCUCAUAGGCCAUGAGGGCGACGAGGUGUUCGCCGCGCGCUUCGGACCGCCGGGGCCAGGCGCACAGGGCAGGCCCGCAGGUGUGGCCGACAGCCCGGCCGCCGCCGCCGAGUUUGCCUCGUGUAGUUUUGCCCCCAAAUCGGCCGUGUUCUCUGCCUCGUGGUCCGCGGUGCCCGCUCAGCCCCCGGCGGCGGCAGCGAUGAGCGGCCUCUACCACCCGUACGUGCCCCCGCCGCCCCUGGCUGCCGCCGCCUCCGAGCCUGGCCGCUACAUGCGCUCCUGGAUGGAGCCGCUGCCCAGCUUCCCGGGCGGCGCGGGUGGCGGCGGCAGCGGCGGCGGCAGUGGCCCAGGCCCUGGUCCCAGCCCCGGUCCCAGCGGCCCACACAACGGGCACCACUACGGGAUUAAGCCUGAAUCCGGAGCGGCCCCGACCCCCGCCGCCACCGCCGCCGCCUCCACCUCCUCCUCCACUUCCUCGUCUUCCUCCUCCAAACGGACUGAGUGCUCCGCGGCCCGGGAGUCCCAGGGGAGCGGCGGCCCCGAGUUCUCGUGCAACCCGUUUCUACGGGACAAGGCGGCAGCGGCGGCUGGGGGAACCGGGCCCGGGGCAGGGAUCGGGUCCGGGUCCGGGGCAAGCGGCUCAUCGGAGCCCUCGGCUUGCAGCGACCACCCAAGCCCGAGUUGCCCGCUGAAGGAGGAGGAGAAGCAGCCGCCGCAGCCGCAGCCGCCGCCGCAGCAACUUGACCCAAACAACCCUGCAGCAAACUGGAUCCAUGCUCGCUCCACCCGGAAAAAGCGCUGUCCCUACACCAAAUAUCAAACGCUAGAGCUGGAGAAGGAAUUCCUCUUCAACAUGUACCUCACCCGAGACCGGCGCUACGAGGUGGCAAGGAUUCUGAACCUAACAGAGAGACAGGUCAAAAUCUGGUUCCAGAAUCGCAGGAUGAAAAUGAAAAAGAUGAGCAAGGAGAAAUGCCCCAAAGGAGACUGACCCAGCUGGGCGCUGGCGGAACCGUUCUGCUUUUGCGAAGGCAACGGGGACUUUUCUUUGUGGGUGCUUGAUUUCCAGAAACUCUCCAGCAACUGGGACAUUUCUUUUCCUUUUCAGGUAGAAGUGACGGUGUGGUUGGUCUCUGUGAAGUAUUUGGGGACUCUGUAUUUGCCUGCUUAUGUGUUGGAGAGCCCAAGUGGCUCUGGGAUUUUGCCCUCUCCCGCUUCCUCCUUUUCCUUUCCUGUUGGUUCCUUAGGAAAUGCUAUAUUUUGUGAGUGCACGCUGGCUCCAGGAGUCCUCUCCUGUGUAAAUGUUCCCUCUGUGUCUGAGAAGUGCUGUAGUUUAGCCCCCGGUGCUGCUCAAGCAGGGGCCAAGGGCGCCCCACUUUUGGGAAUGAAGGCAGAGGCAAGACAGUGCAGAGGCCUGCCCAGCUUGAGGCCCAGCCAGGUUGCCCACUGGUUAUGAAAGCCCCUAUCCUCAGGGAGCCCGCUGACCUUUGACUGAGACCUGAAAUGAGGCUGAGAGAGGAGCCCAGGGCCUUCUGUUGGGUAGUGGGUUUAUUCUAGUGCACCAGAGGAGCCUCUCUCUUCCCAGAAGGGCUCAGCUGGAAUGGGCAGCUGUGGGUGUAAGCCCUCCAGGUUCCUGCCUGAGGACCCAGUUGUAAAUGUUAUCGCUUCCUACCAAUAAAUGCUGACCUGAUCAAAUGGA